UUUUGAUGUAUUUGUAGAUAAAGAUGUUAACUAGACGGGAGAAGCAACAACAUUGUGACAGACAUUUUUUACGAAUGAAAUUGUGAUAGUGAGUUUAACAAGACUACACUAACAGUACCUGAAAAUACAUUCUAUAAUGUGCAAAUUGUGAUUAUUUAUUUCUCAUUCAGCUUUCUCUAGGAAGAAGUUUUAUAACUUUAUGUUAGUGAUAUGGCCAAGGCUGAGUUUGGUGGAUUACCUGGAGAAGGAGAGGGGGAGGAUGAUACUGUUCACCAGGAUAUAACAGACCAACUGCUUGAUGCAGAUCUUAUACUCAGCUCGUUCGGGAUCUCGGAGAACUACAACCACUUGGAGGUGAAGACGGACGUUUCUGAAUACUUAAACGAGAUCUCCAACAAGAUGGAAACAGAUAUUAGUUUUGAAGACGAGAACAAAGCGAACUUAUUUGAAUACAGGGAUAUAUCAGGGCAUCUACAGGAAGAAAAGAGAACAUCCUGUGACACUAUUCAUGGAUUUACAAUGGGCGGGGCUAAAGUGGAACGCCCUCCCUCAGUUAUCCAGGAAAACAUGAUGAGAACCAACAGUGGGCGGUUUUACAACUGUUCGAAUAUCAGAAACAUAGAGGAUAGAAACAGUUUAGUCCAGGGAGUCCAGGACUUAAACAGAGCUUCAUCUCUCAAUGAUCUCUAUGAUCGGAAUAGUUCUCAAACGGAGAUAAAUGAUAUUGAAACUAGUCGAUCAACGGUGAACAAUAUUGGCGCCAAUUCGACGGCCAUUUUGGGAAGUUCCGAAUUAUCCUUUCCCGCAUUUCUGAAUGCCAGAGAAGAUUGGAAAACCGGUUUUCAAGCUGGAGGGUUGGGGGACAAGGAGAAGUUAGGAAAUUCUUUGCUCGAACUGCAGCGAUAUCUGGAAACGGAAAGUAUUGCUGACUUGAAUAAUAUUGAUGAGGAUUUCUUGGAUCAGCAGUUAACUGUGUCCCACAUGUCCCUGGCAUCUCAGCCAACCCAGAGUUUGGAUGCAUCUCUCCCUAUCCGAAGUUUGGAUGCAUCCUAUCUCUCUCAGUGUCCAGUUGUAUCUCAGGAUUCACCCCAACCUACUCUAUUUCGGCCUAUUCACCAGACAAACAAUUUACAGCUUAUAAGCUUAAAGGAGCUUAAGCAGCAGCAGACUAUGGAUGACAGGAAGCAGCUUGAACAGCCUCAUCAAUCCGAAGCUCUUAAACUUGAGGAGCUUCCCCCACUCUCCCAAAUUGAGAAGUUGAACACUUUUAACCUUCAGAGUCAGCUGUUUACGGUACCUUCGCCGCUCCCUCUCUCCCCGCUCUUUGUCGAAAAUAAACCAGUUUUCUUAAACCCAGCUGACGGGUUGUCGAUGCCAUCGCCUGAUGUGCCACGCUCCCGUUCGGAACACUCGCCUCGUCACACGCCAAGGCACGAUUUAUCACCGCGAGGAACGCCGCGGCCUUCACCACAAUCUACACCAAGACCUUCGCCGCAAUCAACCCCGCCUCCAAUGCUGUGUGACGUACCUCCUCAAAGAGGAGAUUCAAGAUCUUGGAAGAGAUCAGGACGUGUGACCCCCACAGGGAAGAGGUCACGACCUCAAACUCCGACCUCCGAGGGAGAAAAUUCAGAUUCAGGAUUUAGGGACAGGGAACCUCACACCUGGGGUAGCGGACGGACAACUCCUGUUGAACAGAAACCUCCUCCACGCUUCGAGGAUAUGGAGGAUGAGGAUAAGUAUAAUAAGAGGAAGAGGUCAACCUCUGCUGGGGAAAAAGAAAAGGGUCGAGCCAAGGAUCCAUUAAAGAAUAUGCUGGACGAACUGCAGAGUAUUAUCCCACAUAUAGGAAACCCGGAUGAAGAGAAGGUUUCUCAAGCCGGGAUCCUAGUGGAAGGUUCAGAUUAUAUCCGGAGUCUCAUGCGGGAAAAUAAAUCAACCCGGGAGAAUGUUGAAGCCCUGAAACUGAAGAUUGAAGAACUUAAUUCAGAGAUUGAAGCUGCGCAGGAGAAGCUACCAGAGCAUGGAACUAACACCAUCCAUAGAAUAAUCUCUAGUCGGGGGAAAUCUAUUCCAGAUAUGUUUGCUGACCAUGUCAGGCAUAGAACCCAGGAGGACUGGAGGCAUAGAACCCAGGAGGACUGGAGGUACUGGGUAUUCACCUCCAUUAUGGGUCACUUCGUCCACACGUUUGCCCAGCAGGUCUCCAACAUAAACCAGGAGGAGCUCGGGAGAACAGCAAUAGAUUGGAUUCAGGAGAAUAUGUCCCUGCAGCAGCUGCGUAAAGACGCUUUCCGUAAGCUGGCAAAGCUCUGCUCCAAAACUUCUAUCAUGGAGGAUCCGUCCUUGCUGCCGGACGAGGCCAGGGGAUUCGUCGACGAUCCUAACUGGGACGCAUUCCAAUGCUGCGGAUGCGGCAAAGCACCGCCCCGAUAAUCGUUAAUUUGUUUUCAAAUGUUUCUGUUCAUUAGUAAGGGUUGUAUUGUAUAUUUUCCUCAAUUAAUCCCCCCCCCCCUGUAAAUUUUUAAAGAAAA